AUGAACCUCUACUCCGUCGGCCAACACGUGCUCGUCCUCCCAGAGCAAGCGCCUUACGUCGACUUGCGCGAGGCAACUUACGCGACGAUCCGGUCCAUCACGGGCGACGUCCUGCGGGCGGUGACCAAGACGCGCCGUGGCGGUCGAGCUGUCGUGCUCGAGAUCCCAACGACGAUGCGUACCCGGCCUGCGGUAGUUACCCACGACGAGUUCAACGGCGCGCCGAUCGGAUCAUACUUGCGCAAGAGCGUGUGCUUCUCUGCCGGAGGCACGUACGUCUACGCGCAAGUCACGGAUUACCAAGUCGUGACGAACCUCCUCUUUGUCGUCGGCGCCGAGGCCACGGGGUGGACGCAUCGCGAAGGCGUCGCGACCUGCGGCCUUCAGUACGCGGUCGACUUCACGUGCUACGAGACCAACGACGCCCCACCGGCUCACGUCGAGCUCGGCAACAGCAUCAGCGAUGACCCUGCGUUUCGCCAGCAACGACGACGCGAAGAAGCGCAGCUGCCCGACGACCCCGUCGAAGCGUUACUGCCACGGUUGAUCUCGCCGCCGCGCAACCCUCGCUCGCCACGCAAUGCGCCUGCGCCACCGCCGCCCGAUGCCGUGCUGACGCACGCGGCGCGCGCAGACGCGGCGAGAUUGUUCGCGGAGCUCGGCCGGGACAUGGGAGCACUCGAAGACGAGGGCCCGAUGCCGAUCGCGGCGGCUGCGACCGGCAACGACGCUCUAGACCACCUGGCCGGCCUCCACGGCGGCGUACGAGACCGCGGCUUCGCGACAGCACCGGCGAUCAUGACGGCCCUGCACCACUGGGAUUUCGCGCCCGGUCGGCUGUCGAUCGCGCACCUGCAGAACAUGGAUCCGCGCGAGUACGGCGCGUGGUGCGUCGCCAAGAAGAUCGACGUCAGCAACAACGGUAGCACAGCCAAGAUGCCCGAAGCCGCACCGUUCGCGGACAUGGCAGGCCUACGCGACGCCUGCUCCAACGUCGGACGGCUCGCGGCCGAUCUAGGCUCGCCAGUGCUUCGCGCAUUUGCUGCCCGACUCGCCUCGUUCAUGCGCGAACUGCCCAACAGUGGGGUGUACGGAAAGGCCCAAGUGACGGUCUUCAGUACGUGGAUCGACGACGCGUGCCGACAGCUCCACGACGAGCUCCGCGCACGGAUGUGUGGCGCGCAGCGUGCCAUCAACGUGAUCAGCGUCACGCACACGCCGCUGCUACGCUUCAACCAACAGCUCUCGGAGCUGGUGAUGGAGUCGCGGAUACUGCCGACAAACAACAAGCGGCAAGGAAGCGACGCGACCGGCACGCAGGCAAAGAAGGCCAAGGCGGGCGCAGCUGCCGAAGUCAAGCACCCGUGGUUCGAGCACGUCCCGACGCACGACGGGAAGAAGAUUUGCCUCAAGAAUCUCACCAAGCGCGGGUGCGCGAGCAACGCAGCAGGAGAGUGCUUCAACUCCAACAACGUGCACCACGUGACAGCGAUCAAGCUGCAUCCGCAUGUGCUCCAGCACCUCGAGCACAUGGGCGGUCUGAACGAACUGCACAACGCGCUCAAGUGA